UCCUCUUUCACAAACCGAGCACCGCCUAGAGGAAACUGCUUUUGCAUGGAGACGGCGAAGCGGUUGUGGUGCUUCAUGUUGGGAGCUUCGAAGAUGGAGAAGAGAGCGUCGCUGGGAGUUCGAAAGAAGAGACCCACGAAGCGAAGCAAGAAGACGGGUUUGCUGCGUUAUCUCAGGACCGACACUUACAUGUUCGCCCCCUUGAUCUCUCGUUCAAGUUCUCAUCUUUUCCCGCGAAAGACUCUGCCUUUUUCUGAUGCUGGAGGGAGAGCAAGAAAAGAAAAUGAAAGGAGAUUGGUGGAGAAAAUAGGAGAGUACUUGAAGUCCGAUUCCUACAUGUAUGCGCCGAUUGUAGACACUGAAGAGAUUAAAGACACUGUCGCAGGUCCCAUCUGCCAACUUGAGAGGGCAUUGGUCGUAUUUUCAGCGAGGAAAACAACGACGGGCGACCAGUCAAAAAAUCAGUCAGCAAGUCUAAUUGUAGAGAACCACCUCUCCAAGGACAACCGGCCCGAGAUUAGUCUUGCAGGCCACAGUUUCGGACAAAGGGAGACAGUUAAGCACACGGUGUACCAGAACUGUCGCACUUCUACAGUGUCAGUUGUUGCAGGGAAACAGAGGCUGAAUAAAGAGUUCAGGAAAGUUGUCAUUGACUGAAGGGCGUGUUAAGAAGAGAGAUUAUCUUAGGUUCUACGACUCCCGUAUUCGACCACAGAGGAACCGGAAAUCUCUCUUCCGUGUGGCGCUUCUGCUUUUUUCUUCUUCUCUCUUUUAUGCCAGGUUGCAGGUCUAAUGCUUAUGAAACGGGUAUGUAUAUGUCAUGUUUUCUUCAAGUUCCGCAGUCAGUGCUUUGUGUACUAUUGGUGGCAUUCGACGCUCAUGGUUCUUACAACAGAGGUUCCUAUGGGACCGAGACAGACGAAUGUGGAAGCAUGUUCCACACACCUUUGAGUACUUGUGUAUUUUGAGGUAGUUUUUGGGAAUGGAACCACUUAAUUGAUAGGCGCAGUUGCUCCUGAAA